AUGGCAUGGUGUUUCGUCUCUCCUGCCUCUCGCGGGAUUGGAUUCGCGCUCACAAGGCACCUCCUGCAGACUACGAAGGCUCCCAUCCUGGCCACCUCACGUAGCAACACAGAAGAUGUGCGGAACUCACUUCUAGACGGCCUGAAGAACGUAGAUGUCGACCGUCUGACUGUACUGGAGCUCGAUUGCGUUGACGAAUUCACAAUCUCCACCGCCGCCGACCAAGCGCGCCAGAUGUUCCCCCCCGAAACGCACCACCUCCGCCUCGCCUACGCCAUCCCCGGCGUCCUGCACCCCGAGCGAUCCCCCGGCCAAAUCGACUCCCACCACGCCCUCGAGAGCUUCAAAGUCAACACCAUCGGCCCGCUGCUGAUCCUCAAGCACUUCUGCGACUUCCUGCCUCGCAAGAACGCCGUCCUCGAGGGAGAGGUGGGACUUCCUGAGCGCGCGGUCUACGCUUCCAUGGGUGCUAGCGUUGGGAGUACGACUAAUAAUAUUAUGGGUGGUUGGUACUCGUAUCGUGCGAGCAAGGCAGGGGUUACGAGUCUGGCGAAGUCGUUUGAUUUGUAUCUCCAGGGGGUGUCGGGGGAUAAUGCGAUUUCGAUUGCGCAGCACCCUGGUAGUGUGAAGACGGAGUUAUCGAGGGAUUAUUGGGAUCGUGUGGAGGAAGACAAACUGUUCUCGCCGGAACUUGCGGCGGAGAAAUUGGUUGGUGUCGCUGGUAGCGUGGGCUUGAAUGGGAGAGGCAAGUUCUGGGAUUGGAGGGGGGAGGAGGUUAAGCCGUAG